UAUAAUUAUGAAAUCAAUGUAUCAGGUUUCAGAACAAGUACCAUCGCAGGUGUCAACCAUAGUUUCUAACUAUUUAUCCAGAAAGAGUCUCUAGUAAAAGACAUUGGGCUAUAUAAAAAGGCCUCUCGUAAACCGAACAAUCUCGAAACCAUUCAGAUACGCACAAAUUGAAUACUUGUAACUAUGCGAUUCCUAUGUUUGCACGGCAUCGGUACUGGGAAGGCCAUUCUCGAAGCCCAAUUGUUCAUGAUCAGGCGUCAACUUCCAGGUCAUGAAUUCGUCUUUUUUCAGGGAGAAAUAGAGACUCCGCCUGCGCCAGGAGUCGAAAUGUUCUUUCCGGGACCAUAUUAUUCCUAUUUUACCGUUCCUUCUCCAGAUGCCGUACUGGCAGCGAUUGACCACUUGGAAGACUUCAUCGACACGCAAGGUCCCUUCGAUGGAAUUCUAGGAUUCUCACAAGGAGCUGCACUUGCAGCCUCGUUCCUUCUACACGACUCCACCCGCCAGCAUCCCAGAGAUGACUUUCGAUGUGCCGUGUUUUUUUGCGCAAUUCAAUGUUGGGAUCUAGACAGCCCAGGAUUUACACUAUCACAUGACGGAAAGUGUCGAUCACUUGGAGGGCCAUCAAAAGCCUCAAAAGUGGUGUGCUCCACAGAUGAUAUUACAAGUGUUUUUGGAGCUGCAUACCAUCCACUACUCAAGGGUAACUGGGAUUCAGAAACAGAGCUACUAUGGCCCUUUGGAAGGUCUCCUUUGCGUUGGAAUCCCUUGGGUUGCAUCGAUAUUCCUUCCUUGCACGUCAUUGGCUCCAAGGAUACAUACAGGGGUGAAUCCACUAUUCUGACGACGUUCUGCACCGCGACCAAUGCUCACAUUGUGGAGACAAAUGGCGGGCAUGAGAUUUCCCGCGACCCCGCUAUGGUGCGCAAGGUGUCAAAUUUCCUGCAGACUGCCCCAAGCUUGAUGUGA